CCCCGCCCAAACAACACCGGCCACCACACGACGCAGCAGCAGCGAGAAACGAACGUCGAAGAAGAAGAAGACGAGGGGGAAAAACCGCGGAAAACCACGCGCCGCUGGGCGCGCGCUGGGCUGGGCCCCUCGCGCGCGACGCGACACGACACGACACGACACGACGGCACGAGCCCACCCCGUCUCCCUCCCGUCUCCCUCCCCCUCCCCCUCCCCGGCCGCUGCCUGCCUCGGCAGCCCAUGUGCUCACAUGCCACUCCGCCUCGCCACUCUCUUCCCCCCUCCUCCUCUCCUAGCCUAGCCUAGCCACUGCUCGCUCGCUUGCUCACUUGCUCUGUUGCUCACCACCACCACCACCACCACACGGCGGGAUGAAGGAGGGCGGCGGCGAUGGAGGGUUCGUGCGGGCAGACCAGAUCGACCUCAAGAGCCUGGACGAGCAGCUGGAGCGCCACCUGAGCCGCGCGUGGACCAUGGAGAAGCGCAAGGAGGAGGCGGCCGCCGACCAGCGUGGCAGCAAGCCGCCCGCGCUCGCCGCCGCGCACUACUCGCAGAACCGCAGGCAGCGGAGGGAGGAGUGGGAGAUCGACCCCGCCAAGCUCGUCGUCAGGGGGGUCAUCGCCCGCGGCACCUUCGGCACCGUCCACCGCGGCGUCUACGACGGCCACGACGUCGCAGUGAAAUUACUUGACUGGGGAGAGGAUGGGCAUAGGUCCGAACAAGACAUCGCAGCACUAAGAGCAGCUUUUUCACAAGAGGUCUCUGUCUGGCAUAAGCUGGACCAUCCAAAUGUUACAAAGUUUAUAGGGGCUAUAAUGGGCGCCAGGGAUCUAGAUAUUCAAACAGAAAGCGGACAUCUUGCCAUGCCAAGUAAUAUCUGCUGUGUUGUUGUGGAGUACCUUGCUGGGGGUUCACUAAAAGGAUUUCUGAUAAAGAAUAGGAGAAAGAAGUUAGCUUUUAAAGUUGUGGUUCAGAUAGCUCUUGACCUUGCCAGGGGGUUAAGUUAUCUUCACUCAAAGAAGAUCGUGCACCGUGAUGUAAAGACUGAAAAUAUGCUUCUUGACAAGACAAGAACUGUGAAAAUUGCUGAUUUUGGUGUUGCUCGGCUUGAGGCUUCAAAUCCCAGUGAUAUGACAGGGGAAACAGGCACCCUUGGUUACAUGGCUCCUGAGGUUCUCAACGGCAGUCCAUACAACAGGAAAUGCGAUGUUUAUAGCUUUGGGAUUUGUUUAUGGGAGAUAUACUGCUGUGAUAUGCCAUAUCCAGAUUUGAGCUUCUCAGAGGUCACGUCUGCUGUUGUUCGUCAGAAUUUAAGGCCUGAGAUGCCACGCUGCUGUCCAAGUUCUCUGGCAAACGUGAUGAAACGCUGCUGGGAUGCGAACCCUGACAAGCGACCUGAGAUGGCCGAGGUGGUGUCUAUGUUGGAGGCGAUCGAUACUUCGAAGGGUGGAGGCAUGAUCCCUGUAGAUCAGCGACAAGGAUGCCUUUCAUGCUUCAGGCAGUACAGGGGUCCGUGACGGAUGGAGCACGCUGGAGUUGUAUCUGCAGAUUGACGGCUACAUCUCGUGUAAUUCGAUUACAUUUGUUUUAAGGUACGUAAGCAAACUGGUUAUGGAGCUAGCAUGCUUAAGACCUUUGGUUUGUGUAGCCCUCUGAUGUAAAUUCCCUGUUCAUCCCUUCUGUUUAUCAAUGAAGAACCAGCUCGGCUCGUUCAUCCAUGUUUGAUGUUCCCUGAUGUAAAUAUUUCACCAGUAUCGACGAGUAGUAGCAAUGAAGAGACCCCCAAAAAGAUAUGAUGAUUGACCUGUUUUGGCUUGCUUC